UGGAGAUUAUAAAGAUGAUUCUUUAUAGAAUGCAUAGGCUCUGAAAACUCGGAUUGGUUUAGACCUAGAAGGAAGUGGCAUCUGAUUGGUUGUUAAAAGUAAGAAAUGCCUCUAGCUGGGUGGGGUCUGUUGCCCUCUUACCAGGACCUGCCUUUGUGACGUGGCCUGGCCUCAGCCAUAACUCACCCUUGGUCAGAGAGGUCUAAAGCCAGUGGCCCCGCGGGAGCGGGAGCGGGGCCAUGGAUGAGCGGGCCGAGUCCACGAGCGAAUCCCAGGGUGCUGAAGUUAAAACCCAGCAGCCCAUGGAAAGAACCCUCGGGGGCCCGCCGAGGCGGGGCCGGCGCUCCGUGCUCAAAGUGUCCCAGCUGUUGCUCCGAGCCAUUGCUGCACACAAAGGGCUGACCCUGGCCACCCUCAAGAAGGAGCUUGGAAAUGCUGGCUACGAAGUGCGCAGGAAGUGCGGCCGCCGCUCCGGCGAAGCGUCCAGGUCUGAUGUGAAGGGCACCCUCCUCCGGGUCAGCGGCAGCAACGCCGCCGGCUAUUUCAGGGUCUGGAAGGUUCCAAAACCGAAGAGAAAGCCGGGACGCCCGAGGUUGGAGGAGAGUGUCCGCUCUCCAAGGAGGGCCCCUCCCAGGACGCGGAGGCCACGCAGGCGCUGUCCGCGUCGCAGGGCCGCCAGGAAGGCCAGGGAAGUGUGGAGACGGAGCUCGAGGGCGAACUCGAAGGUGAGGAGAAUAAGGCCAAGGGCCAAGGACCCGGUGGGUUCCAGAGCUAAGGAGGAAGGGAGGGCCAAGGAGGUGGAUGAGAGGAGAGGACGGACCAAGAAGGAAGACAUCAGGCCUCGGACUCAAGAAAAGAGGCCAAGCUCGAAGCUCAGGGAAGAGAAGAAGCAGGACCCAGAGAAGCCGGUAAAACGGACCAUCCAGAAGUCAACCUCGGUUAAAACUGACCGGACUUCGAAUGGGCAGGAGAAGACCCAUGACCCAAGGGCUGCUCGCACAAAGACUUCCACUAAAUCUGAAGGUCUUCGGAAUGCAGCCCGGAAUCCAUAGAGUGGGAACAACCUUCCUUCCUCCAGGCACUGAUGCCUUUCCCCAUAAGCUCCAAUGAGAGCAGCUCCACACUCAUUGAAAUGGGCAAAACUAUUUACAAGACUUUUCCACCACAUUGUGUCUGUUUCCUCUUUGCAGAAUGUAGAAGGGAAGGGGUGGGUGUUGAGGUAAGACCUGUAGCAGAAGCAUGUGGAAGUGAAACGAGAAAACGGUGUUGAGAUUCUGUUCUUGCUUCAGAAGCCAGGAAAAUGCCUCUCAGAAAGAAAGAAAAUAGGUAGAAGAAAGCCAGCAACUUGAUGGGGUUAGGCAAAGUGUUGAAUUAAUGUUAGACACCCUAGCAAAUCCAAAAUGAGUUUUGGGGAGAAGGGCAUGUAAGGAGAGAAGUGGGGGCAUCACUGGGAUGAGAAGAAUAGACAGCCUUUAGGUUCAGUGGUCCCACUGCUCCAACAUGUUCUUACCUGAAAUUCCUUUUAGGAAAAAGUCCCUUCUUCCAAGAUUGAUUGUAAUAGGUUUGUAGUUUUUGCCCUUAUUUGAUAAUUAUUUUAACUUAGAAAAUACGCCUUAUAUGUUAAUCUUCAGUUAAAUGACUGUGUGUGUGUGUGAAAACAUCUAGCACAGGGCUUGACACACAGUAGGUGCUUAUC